AUGGCCGUUGCGAUGAGUUCUUGGAUGUUUCAAAUGGUUUUUUUGACCGCUUUUGGAUUUCUUGGAAACGGAUGUUGUCGUGAAAUUAUCGGCGAGAGUUCUCAGCUAACAACCCAAAAUAUCAAUGGCGGAUAUUCUUACGAUGGUGGCUUCACUGAAAACGAAAUUCAAGAAAUAAACACUGAUGAAUAUACUACUACUGCUGCUACCACCACUGUUACUACUACUACGGCAGCUGCUGCUACAGCUGCUUCUACUACUGCUGCUACAGCUGUUGCUUCUAAUGCUACUGUUGCGAGUAUUAAUGAAAGUAUUAUUACUUCUACUUAUGAUGUGAUUAACUCCAUUCCUCCAUUGUCGCCAGUGUCUGGCCAAAAAUCUGCUACGAACAAAGUUUAUAUUGAAGAAAAUCCGAAAAAAAUCAUGCAAAUGUGGAUUGGCGUCAUAUCUGCCGGGGCCCUACUCUGCCUAGUUGUAACCGCCGUCCUUUGCUCCAAUGAAAUUCUCGCGCUUUUAUGCUGUAGAAAUAGAAAAACUUCUACUGCAGCUGCUGCUGCUUCUGCAAACCCGGAAAAUGAUAAAAAAAAUGGAGUCGAUGAAACAAAAUUGGAUGUAGGUAUGGAUAAAGACGGUGAGAAGGUAUUGGAUGUGAUUAAAAAGGAUGAGGUUUUAAUCGUGAUUGACGCUGAAGACGGAGAGAGGAAAGAUGAAGCAAAGGGAGAAAAAAAAGACGAAACUGUGGUAGCGUUCGGUGCAGGUCAAACCGCGCAAGCCACCGACGAUGACGUCUUGAAAGUUGGGAAAGAUGAAAAUAAGAAAUCUGAGAUUGAAGAGAAAUUGAUUGUUGAGGUUUUGUUGAUAGACGCGGCUAAAAUCGAAGUGGAACCUAAAAAGGUUGCACUGGAAAUGGCCCUGGAUCGAAUGGGAAGUAGUCCACGUGAUGGGGAUGAAGAAUUGUCAGGAAAAAAAGCCCUUCAGACAUCGACUGAUGUUUCGCCAACCUCUAUCUGA